AAAAUGUCAACGUCAAUGUCAUGUAUGAGAAGUACUUGUCCGUACUUGAAAUUGCUGUCGUAAGCUAUAAAUUUGCUUGCAACUGGAAUUUAUUUAACUUUAGCCUAAUAUAUAGAUUAAUUCAGAAGAUUUUAGUAAAAAGAUGACAAACAAGUGUGUCGAAUUUGUUAACCCAAACAAUUUACCUGUAGAGAAGUUAACACUGUCUGUUUCUAACGACGGUGUUGUACAAAACAUUAAAGCUUUGGAUCCAUAUUGGGUGGCAAACAGAAAAUUUCCUCUGUAUGAACGACCACCUGCUGGUAGCAAUAUUGUAUUAGGAGCUGUUGAUGCUUGGAUUAUGAAGAUGGAAAUAUAUUUAGCAGAUCUGAAGUGUUUGCUAGCACUGCCACAUCAUAGGUUUUGGAGCACAGUAUUAUAUCAUACAAGUUGUAUGGAUGCAUUAGUUUCUUUUCUACAAGAGGCCAGUCCACCGUACAUGCCUCCACAUGAAAAGAAAGAUGUACAGAAACUAUACGAGGAAAUCAGAAGACUGGUUCUUAUUAUUUUUAGCAGAUUAAUCACUAAUAAAGAAAGUAAGAUAUGUUGGAUGAGCAAGGAGUAUAUGGGUACCUUGAUAUACGACAGAUUUAUAUUCACAGUGCCAGUGAUAUGGGAUAUAUGUUUGACAUAUGGAGUUGACAAUGCACAGCAUGUGGCCCGACUACUGGAUGCUGUGUUCAGACUGCAGCCGCAGUACGAAAGGGACACGGCUGCGGCUAUAGCAUUUGUAAAAGAGGCUUUCAAAUUCAUAAUACUACAAGUAAAUAAAGACUACGAUAGUGAUGAACCGCUUAACCUUCCCGAAACUUUCAAAGGCUUCAGCGAAAUUAGGCGGCCCUCAAGUAGCGCUAAAGACAAGCUGACGUUUGACGUCCUUCAAGACCUCGUCAUACAUAUACUGGACACCGCUGUAACUCUCAGGAUAUUUAUUGAGACGUAUCCCAAGGCGGUGGACAUUUAUAGGAAAACUAACUUAAUUUUAAGUAUAGUCCAGCUGUACGAAUACGGUAUCCCAAAGCUGUACGAGCGGCUGGGGGAGGCGGGGCCGGGGGCGGAGCACACGGGGCCGGGGGCGGGACAGACAGGGCAGGGGGCGGGACAGACAGGGCAGGGGGCGGGGCAAGCGGAGGCUCACCUGGAGCUAGCGCGCGCUGAGCUCAUUGACAUACUCAGAGAGAUGCUGGCUGUUUACAAGAACAAUAUAUUUAGUGGAGAAGGCAGUAUAUCGGGCCACGUGGAGGACUUCCUGUCGCUGGUGCUGGACGCGCUGUCGGAGAAGCUGCUCAUCCGGGACUACCAUCUCUGCUACCCGCUGCACGACGACCUCGAGGUGCUCCGCCAGGCCUACCCCGACAUUGAUACAGUGAAAACUGAUUUUAUAUUACAAGCUAUAUAUUCUAACUUAGAAGAGCCUUUACCUGACGACAUAUUGACCAAUAACGCGAGCACUUUGACAAACGGCCAUCUUGGGACCAUAGACGAUGCGCAACCCGGACCGGCCACAGACAACGAAAUACCAAAUAAUAUAAGAGAGGAGUCGUUGAUUAGCGAAGUGAAAGAUAUUCUGCCACAUUUAGGAGAUGGAUUUAUAUUAAAAUGCUUGCAACAUUACGGUUUUAAUGCUGAGAGAGUUAUUAACAGUCUUUUGGAAGACAAUUUAGCAGAGCCUUUAAGAGCACUAGAUCGAUCUCUGCCAAUAAUCCCUGAGGACGUGGUGGACCAGAAGUUCCUGGAGACGGGCAUCCAGAGACUGAACGUGUUCGAUGGUGACGAGUUUGACAUAAUGACACGUGACGACGUGGACCUCAGCCGAGUGCAUGUUGGCAAACGUCGGCACAAGUACCGCGACCUCGCGCACAUGCUCGACGACAAGACUGAUGUCAAGAGUCGACAGGAUAUCUACAGCAAAUACAAUAUUGUGUGCGAUGAUGUGGCGAUGUACUCGGACGAGUACGACGACACAUACGAUGUGGAGGCGGAGGCGGAGGUGCCGGACGCGGACCCGGACGAGGCGCGCCGUCCAUUUGUCACACCUCGCGUACUCGCACAACGACCUGAGACUGAAUCGGAGGAAGAAGAGGAGGAGGUGACUCAGAAGGAGCAAGAGGCAGCGAGCGCGAGCAGGAACAGACUGGACUUCUGUGUGAACCCGGAGGAGGUGCGCGCGCGCAGGGAGGCGGGGUACCAGGCGAGGAGGGGCGGGGCCGGCAGGGGGACACGCCCACAACCACCGCGCAACACAGACGUGGUGGGCAGGGCGAAGGGCCAGGGACAGGACAAGGAGGUGCUGGCCAACAGGGAGCGCAAGGAAAAGCACAAGUCCUCAAGAGCCAACCACAACCGCCGCCAGGGGGCGCAGUUCAAGCGCAGUCGCGGUAUGUUGCCCUCAUAGUGGUUCCAUGACACCGCCCCCCCCCCCCC